CGUAUUCGGUGCGAAGUGAUCUUAUUCGGAUCCCAACACAGACCUCGUUCAAUAUGAGAUCGUUGGUGGUGUUGAUUGCUGUAAUUGCGGCGACAGCAGCUGCUCCGCAAUAUUUGGUGCAGCCGUAUUCUCCACUUGUCGAAUUGAAUACUGCUCAAGUUGCAUAUCCUACGCAUAUCCAAACGCAUAUUCUCAAAAAGAGAUCCGUAGUUCCAGUUGCAUAUUCUGUACCAUCUGCCGUGUCGCAUCAGUCACGUGUCGAUGUUCGUACUUCUCCAGCUGUUGUGGCAACUGCUCCCGUCGUUGAAUCCGUCGUGGCCCCCGUAGUCGCCGAGCCGGCCGUAGUGGAGGCACGUGCAUUCUACCCUGCUCCCGCCGCUGUCUCUCAUCAGUCACGUGUAGAUGUUCGCGCUUCACCUGCCGUGGUGUCCCCUGUAGUUGCGUCUCGCGCUGUGGUCGCCCAGCCUGUGGUGGCCCGUUCUUACGUUCCUACUGGUACAGUAUAUGCUGGCGGAUCUGCCGUCACUCAUCAAUCUCGGGUCGACGUGGAAACAUCCCCGGCCAUAGUGACAGAAGAAGUAGUAGCUCCAGCUAUUGUGGAAAGCCGUUCAUUGGUUGCGCCUUCAGUGUACACUUCUGUUUGGUGAAUAAAAUCACAGCAAUAAUGAUCUGAAAAAACUACCUAUUAUACUGUUAUUUUUUAUUUAUGUAUUUUGACAAAGCAAAU